GAGCAACACGCAUCAACCAAGAAAGAUACAAGCUUGCAGAGGUCGCCGUGAGGAAAUAGUCCCAGCUAAAAUGCGUGCAGGUCUCAACCUGCCACGACUCCCAGUUUCGGCGAAUUAACCGCUGUCACCCUCGUCAAGGCUUCCCUACGCGUUUACGUAUACUCCUAUGUAACUUAGUUGUAGUGGGCGUGCUUUCAGACGCGUAUACGAGCGUUGUGUCGGUUUUGGAACGUGGUGAAUCCAGCAGUCUGCCACGCCGAACGCCGGAGACGCUCUCUCGUCUUGCCAACACUGCCGCGAGUAAAGUCCUCAGAAUUGAGCUUAAAUAUAUCAUUAAAGUGGGCGUCGUCGCUGGUCUGGCGCCACACCGCUUUGGGAGUUGGGUGUUGCGCAAGGCGCUAAUCGAAUUCGUUCCGCCUGCAUAUCGCACAUAUCGGGGUACAUGUGAAGGUAUACAUUGAACUCUAGCCACUCAGUAACUCCAUGCUACCAGUGCAAGGCGCUCCGUACAGGUAUUAGCGGCACUAGUGCAAGCGGAGGGGAAGAGGACGGAAGCCUGCCUACUACCGCCGCGAUAGCCGUCGUGUGACCUACUAGCUCCAUGCAAAAGAUAUAGAAAAUGGAAGGCGAAUGCUCAGACACUUGCACUCCGCAAUUUGUGACGAGCUUUUACAUACUAGUAUUCAGUCACAAGGGUAGUGGCCCUAGGUCACGACGCUUAUGCAUAUCAUUGUGAGUUGUCGAACCAGGAAGUCCUGGCGAGCGUGCUGCCGCGGACAGGAGGGCUAAAGGCAGAGCAUGGCCACGGUCGGUGAACCGCCGCUGGAGCAGCUCCGCGAGCUCUUCCAUCUUUCGGCUCGCGACGCCUGCAUCACGCUAAAUAUCAGCCAAUCGCGGCUUAAGAAGAUAUGCCGUCAGCACGGCAUCUCGCGAUGGCCGCACCGCAAGCUGGCCAGCCUGGACUCGCUGCGGCAGCAGCUGAAGGGCGACAGCGGCCUUACCACGCAGGACAGAGCGGUGCUUCUGGCGCGGCUGGAGGCCCAGGUGGCGGCGGUCAUUGCGGAGCCGGACAGGCCGCUGGAGAAGCUGUUCGAGGACAUGCGGCAGACCAGCUACAAGGUGCGUUACCACGCACGCAACAAGCUGCGUCGCGGCACGGGAGCAGCUGGGGAGGGCGCUGAUGAUGGUGAUGCUGCCGGCACCGCUUCUGGGGGCGACGCAUCCUCUCCAGCGGGGCGCGCCCUGUCGACGGAGCGCGGCGGAGGCAGGCGGGGCCGGCGCGGCGCUGCCAGUCCCCGUAGGGGGCCGCAGCGCCGGGCGGCGUCCUCGGGCCCAGCCAGCGGCAGCCGGCUUAGACGGGCCGGGAGACGUCGAGGCAGUGAUUGGGGCGGCUCCUCAGGCGAGGAAGAGGCGGCAUCGGACUCGACUGAAGCCGCCUCGGAUGACGAGGAGCAGGCGGCGGGUGGCGCUGCAGCCGGCGGCUACUCGGAGCGGGACGAUGACGAAGACGACGAGGGCGAUGACGGCGAGGACAGCGAUGAGGAUGACGAGGACGACGAGGAGGAUGAGGACUGGGUGGCGGGCGGCAGGGCUGGCAAGGCAGGGGGCCGCCAGGCACGUGCGGACAUGGCGGCAGCUGCUACAGCCGGGGGCAGUGCUGGGCGAGCCGAUCGCCUUCGCCGCCGGGCGACAGGGUUACAGGGGCUGCGUGUGCCGGCGGCGGCAUCCCCCGCAACUCCACGCAGCCGGCGGCGGCGGCGAAGCGCCGCCCCGCUGGACUCGGGGGACACAGAGCCUUCGCCAGGCGGAAGGAGCGCCGCCGCUGCAGCCCCGCUUGCGACAACCGCCUGUGGUGGAGGCGAUACCAACAGCAGUGACAGCGCAGGCAGGAGCCUGGAGCAGCGGCAGCCGGCGGCAAGGGAGGGUGCCGGUGACGCAGCCGGACGGCCGCCUACGGCGCCACAGCCGCAGCUGAGCGGCCGCUCCCGCACAGUGGCCUCCCGCUCGGCGUCCGCCCGCGCGGGCGCGCCAGCGGGGCUGCCCGGCUUCAGCCCUGUGCGCGAUGCGGCCACGCCCAGCAGCCACACCGGCCCUGCCGCUGCCAGCCGCGGCCGGCUGCACUCCGGGGGACACGGGCACGGGCACGCACACGGGCGCGCCGCCAAGCCGGAGCGCGGCGGCGCAGCCGCCACACUGUCAGCCUUUGCGGCGGCGGAGCGCGCAGUGGCCGGUGCAUCUGCUGCAGGUGCUGCUGGUGGUGGUGGUGGUGGUGGUGGUGGUGGUGGUUCUGCUGUGAAGCAGGAGCGGGAGCAGAGUGCUGGGCAGCUGGUGGGCCCGGGCGGCGGUGGCGGCGUUGCCGGCGCUGCUGGCCGCGGGGCCGACGGCGCGGCGGCAAGGGACGACGCUCGUGCGGCAGCUGGUGACGUUGCUGUUGAGGCAGGUGCCGGUACAGGCGGAUCGAGCCAGCUGGACGGGUCCAGCCAGUGGGGCAUGAAGCGAGCCCGGUCUGCGCCGCAGCCCCAGCCUCUGGGCGCAGCUGGUGUGGCGGGCACGACUUCCUCCCACCAGACCACCUCUUCAGAUCGCUCGCAGCACCAGCAGCAACAGGCGCCGCUGCCGCCGCUCCAGGCCAGGACGUCGAGGGAAUGGCCGCCCAUGGACAUGAUGCCCUCAGGCUGGCAGCAGCCCUACCGUCAGCCCAUGCCGCUGGACGCAACCCGCACUACGCCUGCAACGGCCACCACCGCCACGACUGCUGCUGGCGGAGGUGCCGACGUUGGCUCGGGCCGCCACCAAGACCGCCGCUUAGACCACCCGUCGCACCUGCAGCAGGCGCCGCAGCACCCCCACCCUCAGGAACCCCUGCAUCAGCGGGCGCAGCGCCCUGCCUCGUCGCCCACGGCCUCCAUGGGCGGGCCUGCAACAAAGCAGCAGGCCCACGGCAGCUACGGCGCCGCAGCGCCCCUCCAUCACACGGCGGCCCAAAGCCAUAGCCAUAGCUACAGCCACGCCCCGCCGACGGCAACCACCGCGCCGCCGGCGGAGCCGCAUCCUUUCUUUUCACCAGCCGCAGCCGCAGCCGCGGCCGCUGCUGCCGGACCGGGAAUCGAAUCUAGCCUGGGCCUGGGGUCGUCUGUGCCCAGGUCAGGGGCGCUGGAGCAUGGUGUUGAGGACUGGGAGUGGCGCUGGCGGGAGGAAGGCCAGCAGCGGCAUCAGCGCGCCCUCCUGCAGCAGCAACAACAGCAGCAGGAGUACAUGCCGCCAGCACCGCACCACCACAUGCCUCAUGAACAGCAGCAGCGGCAUCAACAGCUGCUGCAGUCACAGUCGCAGUCGCAGUCACAGUCGCAGUCGCAGCCACAGUCACAGCAGCAACGCCAUGACUUGCACCGGGAGCAGCUGCCACCGCUGCCGCCGCAACCAGAGGCGCUGUCGCGUCAACAGCAGGAGCAGCGGCAACAGGAGCACUUUGAGUUGCAGCAGCUGCAGUUGCUGCAGCAACAGCAGCAGUCGCAGCAGCUGCAGCAGCCGCAACAGCACCUGAUGCCGUCGUCCUCCUCCUUCCAACGCGACUGGAUCCCGCCGCCGCAGCCGGAUCCGCAGCCUCUGCCGUCCUGGCGCCAGUCAGAGCCGCUGCAUGCUGAACCGCAGCCACGUGCCAGCCGGUCGCAGCAACAGCCUCAACAGCUGCAGAGCCCGGGGCAUGUGCAGCAGGGCCAGCCGCUACAACACGGCGGCGCGUCCGGCAGCGCUCCUACGUACCGCGGCGGCGGCUUCGGCUCAGAGCUGGAUGGCGGUUGGCACUGGCAGCAGCAGCAGCAGCAGCAGCAACAGCAGCAGCAGCUGCUGCAGCAACAACAGGCGGCAUCUCUGUCGCACCAACUGCAGGAACGUGAACAGCAGGAGCUGCAGCGGCAACAGGCGCAAGCCCGACACCACAUGCAGCUGCAGCAGCAACAACAAGGCGCUCCGCCGUCUUCGUCAUGGCACGGGCAGUACCCGCCACUCCACCAGCGCCCCGACCAGGCGCACGCGCAGUACCCCCACCUGCAGCAGCCGCAAGAGCACCAGCACCCACAGCAAGAGCGGUACCCGCCACUGCACCAGCAGACGCAACAGCAGCUGCAGCAGCAGCAGCAGCAGCCACAGCUGCAACAGCAGCAACAGGCACAGUGGCCAGGUGCGGACCCUCGCCUGCUUGCGCCUGGCAGGCAGCCACUGCCGCCCCCGCCUUCCUGGUCAGCCCGCCAAGGUCCCGGCUCGGCGCCGCCGUCUACCUCUGCCGGCCACCCGACACUGCAGCAGCAACUGUACCCGCCAAUGUACCAACAGCAGACGCAACAGCAGCCGCAGCCGCAACAACAAAACGCAGGCCAGCAACCCGCCUAUCACCACCACCCGCUUUUGUCGCCGCACUCUCCGCAGUACCAGCAGCGGAUGCAGGCGUCGGCGCCCGUCGGCAGCGGCGGUGCUCACCGACAGAGCCAAAGCAUCAUCCCGGGACCUCCAAGCGCUCUGCUGUCGCUGCCGAGCCCCGCCUCCAAUGAGCCCAGCCCCCGAGACUUCGCCUACCCCUCGCCCCUGCCUCCGCAUCACCAGCCACCGCACCAACCCCACCCGCACCACCACUCUCUGUCGGGCAGCGGCUUCGACUCGGAGGGCGGCGCUGACGCCGCGGCUGCUGCCCGCCGCCCGUCCAACCAGUCCCAGUCCUUUGACCAGCAGCACCAGGCGGCGGCGAUUGCGAGCGGCACGCUGCGCAAUUGGUCGUCCUCCUCCUCGGCCUCAUCGCUGCUGGUGUGGGGCUCGGCGUGGCCCCCGGGCAGCGGGCUCGGCGGCAUGGGCCCUGGAGGCAUGGGCCCCGGAGGCGUGGGUUCUGGAGGCAUGGGCCCCGGGCCGCUGGGGCCGGGCGGCUCGAACCCACACGGCGCUGCGGGCAGCGGCGGCGGCAGCGCCUACGGCGCGGCUGGCUUCCGCAGCGGCCUACACAGCGGCGGCGGUGUGGGUGGUGCCGGAGGCGCCGGUUUCGGCGGCUCAGCGGGCGGCGGGUAUGGGUGGAGCUCUGGGGGCAGUUCAUAUUCGGGCGGCGGCUUUGCGCAUGCAAUGGGCCUUCCGUCGUCGGGCGGCGGCGCAGCGGCUGCCAGCGGCACCGGUGGUGACGGCGGCGGUGGAGACGAGAACCGGAUGCUGCACGAGGGGCUGCGGGGGCGCAGUGCUUACGUGUCCGAUGCAGGGGACCGGCGGGAUGAGGCGGUGGCAGAGGCGGCCGCAGCCGCAGCCGCCACGGUUGCGGCUGGACCCGGCGGUGGACGCAUGGGCGGAAGGGAUGCCGCAGGCACUCGUGGCGGUGGUGGCGGAACUGGCAGCGGCGCGGCCACAACCGCAGCCGUGGCAGCCGCCGCCGCUGCGGCUGCGGCCGUGGCAGCGGUUGCGGCUACCUCGGGCGCUGCCGACCAUGAAACGCGCCAUCGCUCGCCAGCACUGCAGCCACCGACGCACCAUGGCGCCCCCACCGACCUGCUCUCAAGUCGGCACCACGCGCGCCAUUCGCACGUGCUGCCGCCCGCCGGAAUGAACUACGCCGCCUACCUGCCUCCGCCCUUGUCACUGCCUCCGGCGUUGGACUCGCCGCACCAGCCGCCAUACAGCGCGUCCCACGGACCGGCCCACGGCCGGCUCAACCCGGCCGCCUACUCCCGUGUCGUCUCCACCGGCUUCCCUGGGAUUCACCCCGGGUCGCUGCCUGGCAGCAGCAGCCCAAGCCCCAGCGGCGGCGGCGGUGGCGGAGGUGCCAAUGCAGGCGGAGGUCGUGUCGGUGGCGGCUCGGGCACCGCCGCCCGCCGCCGCGGUGGUGAUCGUGCAGCCAGCCCGCUUGGCUCGUAUGGCAGCGGUGCUGCUGGCGGCGGGGGCGGUAUCGCUGCCGGCGUAAAGGCAGAGGACAGGGGCCCUAGCGGCGGCAGCGGCGGCGAUGGCGGCUUUGGCGGGGACGACACUCGGGACGUGGAGCCACAUCUUGGUCACGUAGCAUUCCAUGGCGGCAAUGCAGGGCAGCAGCAAACAGCCGCCUACCGCCGCACGUCGGCCCCAGCAGCCGCAGCUGCCGCCACGGCGGACCCACGAGCGCAAUCUGCCAGCGGCGAGCGCGACAGCGGCGGCGGCGUGGCAGUAGACCUUCGGCGCGUGCCGUACACGGGGCGGCUCAGCGAGCCCGUGAUGCGGGCGCCGCUUCGGGCAUUGCUGGGGCUUGGGUCCGACCUGGCUGACGAGGGCGAGGGCGAGGCGGAGCUCGCGGCGUCCAUGGCGGCGGCGGCGCGUGAUGAAGAGCGGUUCCGCAUGCUGAGCACCGGCAGCAGCACCGUCGCGAUAUUUGCACCGGAGGCUCAGCCCCAGCCGCACCAGCAAACGCAGCACCAACAGCCGCACCAGCCGUCACGGCCGGUGGAGGGACGGCCGCACCACGGCUACGGUUUGCCGCGGCUGCAGCAGGGCGCGCCCGAGGGCCGUGUGGCUAGCGCCAGUGCUGCAGACAGAGGCGGCAGGCGCACCAGCGGCGACAUGGAAAGGGGCGGUAACGGCGGCCGGCGGCCCCACACUGUGCCGGACGCCCGCGGCUGGGCUGGGCCCGCUGACCUGCUGCUAGCCUGCCAGGAAACGGACGCCAUUGCGCAGGCCGAGGCGGCAGACGGCGUACGCGGCGCCGUUGGCCACCUACACCAAGCAACGUACCAAGCCGCCGCUUCGCUUCACGUAGCGCAGCAGCCGCGCGGUGGGGCUGCUUAUGAGGAACCACCCCCGCGUCGUCAGCCCCACCAGGCAGCGGGUGCAGGCGGGCCCUCACCUGUGUGCUCCGCCGACCUCACCACACCCACCGCAGCCCAUCAACGCCCCCAGCAGCUACGGCCGCACGCCGCAGCGCCGCCUUCUGCCACCUCCAGCCGCCACCAAGUCUCGCGCCGCGCUGCGGCUGCUGAGGCUGCAGUCGUUACUGCCACGCCCGUGGCGGCGACCGGCUCCUCGGGUCGGCCGGGUCCCGCUGCAGGCCCCUCUCCUGCCGCAGCCCCUGUUACCGCCGCUGCAGCUUCUGGUGCCGCCUUCCUGUCGCCAGUCGCCUCGGUGGCUGCGGGCAGCGGCGUGGCGGGUGGCCCUGCCACCAGCAGCGCCAGCAGCGGCCGCCGUAGCAGCGGUGGCGGCAGUAGCAGCAGCGGCGGCAGGACGCUGCUGGUGUGGACGGGAUCACAGCCGCGCUGGGGGCAGGUGCUGCCGCCGCUGCAACACCAGUCACAGCCACAGCAGCAGCAGCCACAGCAGCAGCAGCAGCCACAGCAGCAGCCGGAGCUGCAGUCCCCAAGUAUGCGGCCGCCGCAGCUACAGCCGCUGCCCCUGAUGCCGUCCUCGGCGCCGCUGCGCACCGGCCCCCAGCGCCGCAUCAGUGGCGCCGGCGCAGCUGGUGCUGAGGUCACCACCGGCACAGCGACUGCAUCUGGCCCAGGGCAGGAGUCCACCAGCGCAGCAGCCGCAGGCGCCGCCGGUGCGCUUCCGCCCAUGCCGCCUCUGCCAGCAUCGCUGCUAGCAGCGCUGGCUGCCGGCGGCGGCGCAGGCGGCGACCUCUCCCCAGAUGCCUACCCCGUGACGGCGCUGCAGCCGCCGGCAGUUGGCGCCGCUGACCGCGGCACUGAUGCCGGUCAGCGCGAACAGGACCGCCCGCAGGGCCGCAGGGCCUCGCCGCCUCCCGCCGCCACCGACCCCGCCAACGCCACAACCGCGGGCGGAGUGCCACUGUCCAUUCUGGAGUACCUGCGCCAUGGAUCCGGAUCCGAGCCGCCGCUGGAUCUCGAGGCGCUGGAGGACCUGGACAUGGAUCUGGAUCUGGAUUUUCAGACGCCGCAGGCCGGCGACGCGGCCGCCGCGCUGGCGCUGAUGCGGCCGUGGCUGACGAGCACACCGGGUUUGGGCCCCACGCCAAUGGAGAUAUCGCCGCGUGCUGCUUUGCCGGCUACGCGCCGUAUCAGUGCCGCGGGAACAGAGGCACCUGCGCCCCAGCGCCAGCAGGCGCCGCCAGCAACCGGGCAGCCUACUUGUGAGGACGCCGCUGGCUCAACUGCUGCCGGCGGGGGCACUGCUGCAGCACCUGCUGCGCGCAUGACGUCAGCGGGCCAAGCGGCUGCCAGCACCGCCCUGUCGCUUUCUGCCUCUGCCGCCGGCCCAAGCCGGCCGCCCCAUGCCACCUGUGCCGCUGCAGACGCUACAACGUUUGCCUCACCUGUCGCCGCGGCCGCAGCUGACGCCGCACGGCAGCACGAGUUCGCAUCUCCCGCCCCGCACGCCGCAGCAGCCACGGCAGCAGCACCCGCGGCAGUGUCACCCUGCACGCCUGCAGCCGCCGUGAUACCGGGUAGCGGGGCCGGUGGGGCCGCUGGUGCCGGUGCGCCCGCGUCGCCGCCGCCGGCGCCCGUCAAGCGACCUCCGCCGGCGCGGCUGUUCUUGCACACCGUGCGGCGGCACUCGGGUACAGGCGAAGGGCCUGCUGCUGAGCCCACGGCUGCGCGUGCGCAUGCCCCUGCAGCUCAUGCGGAGGGUGGCGGCAUGGACGCGCCUCCGCUGCCACACCACCAGUCACAGCAGCAGCACCAGUCACAGCAGCACCCCCAGCACCACCACCAGCAGGCAUCCCCGUACGGAGGCGCAGCGGCGCACAUGUACGCGGCCUGGUGCAGCAGUCCUGCCGCCACGCCCACCCGCCACAACGCAUCUGGUGGCGGCGCCGCCGCCGCUGCCGCAGGCAGCACCGGAGGCGCUGCCUUCGCUGCCGCGCCCGCGCCGCCACAGGCGCCCAGGGCCGCAGCCGCAGCCGACGCUGAUACGCGGAGCGUCAGCGUCACCGGGGGCCUCGGUGGGAGCGGCAGUGGAGGCUCUGCACACGGCGGGGGCACUGGGGGUCUCGGAGGCGUCUCACCGCGCAGCCGCGCUGCGCUCUUGGUGGAUGUGGCCGAGCCUCUUGGCCCGUACGGGCCCCAGCAGCCCACAACUGCCACCUCGACUGCUGCAGCUGCUGUAGCUGCGGGUGAGGCGGGUGGCGCAAGCGGCAGGCAGCUCCAGCCGGCUCCGGCACCUCCAACUGCGGCCAGCCGCUACCCGUGGAACAUGGGCUGGGGUGCGGGGGCAAGCGGUGCAGCGGGCAGGGAGAACACACCGCUGCGCCAGCUUCCGCCCUUCCCGCCGCCGCAGCCUGAGCUGGCAGCCCUGCCGCUGCACCGUGCGCAAGCGACGGGCACAGUGGCGACAGGCACCGCUGGACCUGGAGAGCAGGGGCCGCAAGGGUACCAGCAACGUAGUGGCGGCGGCGACACGACGGAGGCCCAUGUGCCACCACCGCUGCUGCAGCCGCCGCCACGCGCCACCUCGCCUACCGGCUACGCGGUUGCGUCCUAUCGCCGGGACAGUGAGGGCGGCGGCGUCAUACCGGUGGUGUCGCCGCCGCCGCAGCUGAUGCCGCAGUCGGUGCGGCCGCCGCCGCGCCUGGCGCCGCUAGUGGCGCCGACUGCCGCGGCGGGACCGCCUCAGCCGCCGCCGCUGACGUCGCCACCUGCGCCGCGCAAGCCAGCCAAGCAGCCCGCGCUCAUGGCUCCUGGGCCGCCGGCGGGCCAGCGUCGCAGUAGUGGCGGCAGUGUCGACACCGGCGGCAGUGCCGGAGGUGCGGCUGGCCGCAACUCCCCAGCAUCGCUUGCCGGGGCGGGCACCGGCGCGGCUGGGCCGCUGCCCAAGCUACCACCACACGUGCUGGAGCGGCCGCUGCCGCCGCGUAUGCAGGUGCACAUGCCCGCGCCCGCGCCUUCGCCGGCAGCCGUCCAAGGGCCUGUCGGCGCAACAGCUCACUCUGGCGCAGCAGCUCCCGGCAGCCGGCUACUAGCGGCGGCCAUGUCGCCUGUCGGUGGCACAAACGCGGGUGGGGCAGCCGCCGGCGCAUCGCCGCCGCCCCUGCUCAAGGUAACCAUUGGCGGCCGCCCAGGCUCGCUGCAGUCAGCCAUAGGCAGCUUCUCCGUGCAGCCUACGCAGCUGCCGCAGCCGCCGCAGCUGCCGGCAUUGCCUCAGUCACAGCACCAGUCACAGCGACAGCACCAGGUCGCAGAGCAGGGGCGUUUUGGGAUGCCAGGCGCGGCGGGCUGGGCCGUGCCGGGCGCUGCUGUGGGCGCGGCCGGCUCCCACCUGCCGCAGCUGCACCAGCACCAGCAUGCCGCUGCAGGGAUCUUGGACGGCGAUACACAGUCUGCCGGCGGUACUGGUGGCGGUGGCGUCAGCAGCAAGCGCAAGCGGGAGGGCGAUUCAGAGUAGGAUGGGCGACAUGGGUCUUCACGCGCGGUGCACAUUGAUGCAAACGCAUGAGUGGGGCAACAUGAAUGCCGGCAGCACUACCUGUCGAAGAUCGUGAGUCGAUUGCAUGUGGCCGUGUGACUAGCAAGCACUUAUAUCCGUGCAUGGAAAGCAUGGCAGGUUGGUGCAUUGGAAUGCAAAUACGGUACACUCGGCGGUAGCUGUUCAGGCGGUGGCCCUGCAACUGGACGAGAAUGUGUGUAGACUGAAGUCAGGCAGCAUUUAGAUCGGCUGCUGACAACAUACCUUCCCAUUCAAGGGGAUUCAUGGGACAGUAGCGAUGCCUUGAACUCGUAUUGACGUAGUUGGUGGCGAGCGUGUGAGGACCAGCAGCAGGUUUAGCGCAGGAUGCAAAGCGCAUCAACGUCCAGGCACAUGUCAUACUCACAUUUGUUGACGCGUAAUCAAGCAACGCAGAAAGAGCAAGCGGCGCAGGGUGACCACACAACCAGCACGAUGUCACUACGCGGUGAGGAUGCGAGGUACUGCUGUCACAGGUCGCGCGCGUACGUUCGCAGAUGUAGGGGGUUGCAUGCAUGUCCUGCCAGCUGUAAAGGCGCAUGGCGUCAAUUGCACCAUGUGCGGCGCCGUGCCACCACAGACCCAUGGGCCUGGACUGGGCCUGAGCGCCUUGGACAUGGCCGUCUAUUCUGCCCUGUGUAUGGGGUCAGGGAAAAUGUGGGUCCGGGUGCUUGUAUGUUGACUUGGGCCGCGGCACGUAAGCCGUCAUGCCGUCUGCAUUCAUAGCACAGCCAUGGUGUGCAGGCCGGGGGCUUUUCGAUGGCACGUUUUUGCGCUGUCGGCGUGUGUUCAGGCUUGGGGACGUGGUUGCAUCGGUUUGCAUUAAAAGCGAAGGCUGGUGUGAGGCGCGCGCUCAUAUCAUCAGCCCAGCAAGCCACGCGGUCGCUCUGGCCCCUACUAUCGCCGUUGCUCAUCAGGCAUGCUGUCAUAAGGUUUCGCUCUCUUUCUUUGGACUGCGCUCACUCCCUCUUCUUCUCUCAAGCAGCAUACUGGUGCUCUCAUGUUUGACAGGGUCAUACAGCCCCGGCAAGCAGAGAACCUCUUUCUAACUAUUAUGCGUGUGUUUUGUGCACUGCAAUGGUCUAUGCGUAGUCUUGAUUAGCCUGUGGGCAGUCCAUGAAUGACUCAUUGGUGUUAUGCGUCUUGCAAGUGAGGGUAGAGAGGUUCACUGAUCAAGGGCAUAAGAUCAGGCCCACCAGCACGUAAUUCAAGUCUUUGCGGCACCGCAUUCCUAAGCGUUUUGCAAGCUGUCUGUAGGUGCGCGUGGGCUGGCGUGCCUGUGGUGCGUGAAACAUUACUGCCAUUCUGAGACUGGAGCUGGGGCUGCAUCCCCUGUGUCACACGCGGUGACUAGUAUGUUGUAUCAAGUCGUAGCAAGUAAAACUCUGCUUAUUCUGGCUUGUCUUCCGUAGCAUGCACCGGCCUGAUGCCAAUUUGUGCUGGUGUUGGAAUUGCGCACUGAUGAAGGAGGCAUGGUCUGUCGGUUAGGCGUCGGCGGUAGCUGGACAUGCCAGCACCGCCUCACACCAGAUCGAUGAAGAACUUUGCACAAUCAAAAUGAUUAGCAGCUAGCACUGGCACGUCGUGUGGCAUGGGAUGUUGAGUGUUGUGGCCUCGCGAAUGGAUGUAGGGAGCAGUGUACUGCUUUCCGUGCUGUGGGGCACUUCACAUGUUGUGGCGGGCCGGGUGGCCAUGUAAUUUCAAGUCCGA